ACCGUAAAGAAGAGCCGUGCUCCCGCAGCAGCGCGUUAAUCUGAACCGGAGGGUCGGCUCGGUGUGCUGUUCCUGCUCGGAGUCCCGGGUCAUGGACGCGGAUGAGUCCGUGGAAGAGACCCGGUGGCAGCUCCGCGGCUCUCCCGGUCACUCAGCCCGCCGGUGACCGAGCCUCUGCCGGUAAACUGGCCGUGCUGGUGUCGCUGCUCUCCCCGCUGCUGGCCGUUCUGUCCCGGCUCCGGGAGUUCCUCUACCGGCUCUGGAGCUUCUCCAGGCCCGCUGUCAGAGCCGAGCCCGCGACCGAGGAGCGAGGAGACCGGGUCAGGAACCACCACAGCCGGGCGUUCGAGUUCAUCUCCGCGGCUCUGAGGAUCGAUGAGGACGAGAAAGGUGACAAGCAGCUGGCAGUGGGUUGGUACCAACGAGGGAUCAGCGAGCUGGAGAAAGGCCUUGCCAUCCCGGUCACAGGGAGCGGAGAGAAGAGCGAGCGUGAUCGACGUCUGCAGAAUAAGAUGACCACCAACCUCCUCAUGGCCCGAGAACGCCUGCACACCUUAGUCGGCGUCCUCUCGGCGUCAGGGACUCGCAGAGACUCGUGCACCACCAGCUCCGAGCGGCGAGGUUCAUCCUCAGCAGGAAACUCUAGAAGGAGAGAGACCGUGACCUCUGCCCCCUACAGCCGACCAAUCCCCUCCAGCUCUUCAUCCUCUUCUUCAUCGGCGGCCCCUCAUCGCUCCUCCCAGCAGAGUUCACAGCGGCCCCUCAGUCACCCACACCGGAGGGGCAGAGCGGGUCGUCACAACGUCAAAGUCAGCAACACGACAUCAACACCACAGAGGAAGAAAGACAUGACAAACCUGAAGAACGUGGACAGGAAGAUGGCCGAGCUGAUCCUUAACGAGGUCGUGGACAGCGGCUCGUCCGUGACAUUUAGAGACAUUGCUGGUCAGGAUUUGGCGAAGCAGGCACUGCAGGAGAUCGUCAUCCUACCAGCGCUGAGGCCUGAGUUGUUCACAGGUCUUCGCGCUCCGGCCAGAGGACUCCUUCUGUUCGGACCGCCUGGCAACGGCAAGACGAUGCUGGCCAAAGCCGUCGCCUCAGAGUCCAAUGCCACCUUCUUCAGCAUCAGCGCCGCCAGCCUCACCUCCAAAUACGUGGGUGAAGGAGAGAAGUUGGUCCGAACUCUGUUUUCUGUGGCCCGAGAGCUUCAGCCGUCCAUAAUCUUCAUCGACGAGGUGGACAGUCUGCUGUGCGAGCGGAGGGAGGGCGAGCACGACGCCAGCCGGCGUCUGAAGACUGAAUUCCUGGUCCAGUUUGACGGAGUCCAAACAGGAAGUGAGGAUCGUGUUUUAGUGAUGGGUGCCACAAACAGACCGCAGGAGCUGGACGAGGCCGUUCUCAGGCGUUUCACUAAGCGUGUCUACGUGGCUCUGCCGGCCGUGGAGACUCGCCUCAUGCUGCUGAAGAACCUUCUAGAAAAGCACGGAAACCCGCUGACUCACCGGGAGCUCAGCCAGCUCGCCAGGAUGACAGAAGGAUACUCCGGCAGCGACCUUACCUCAUUGGCUAAAGACGCCUCGUUGGGACCAAUCAGAGAGCUGCGUCCAGAUCAAGUGAGGAACAUGGAGGCCAGCGAGGUCAGGAACAUCUGUUUCAGGGACUUUGUGGACUCUCUGAAGAAGAUAAAGAGCAGCGUCGGUGUGAAGACAUUGGAGCUUUACGUCCGCUGGAACAGAGAGUACGGAGACACCACGGCUCUGUGAACCUCACCGCGUUUCUGUGAAUCUUUGCACCAACGUUUCUACAGAUGGAGUUUCUCUGAAGGUUCCUUUUCUUCCAGUAGCUGAUCCGUGUUUGUACUGAUGAUCAUUCAAUAAAUGUUUUUUUAAUA